GUGAUCAUGCUUUAAACAUUCUAUUAGCCUCUGAUGAAUUCGAACUUCAUAACUUAACGGAAUGUGCACAAGAUCACAUAAUAAAAUAUCAUUCUUCAUGGAUAGCUUCUAAUCUCCUAAUAUUAAUUCGUAUUGUAUCUCAUAAUGAUCACUUCAAAAAAUUACGUAUACAUGUUCUAAGGCUUAUAUGUCGAAGUCCUCUCAUCCUUUUUGAAUCUGAGGAUUUCCUUACUUUAGAUGAAGAUGCUCUGAAAUACAAAUGGGGUAUUGCAAAUUCUGAGGUAGAUCAAGAUCCAACAAAUUGGACUGCUCAGGAUUUCGCUGCAUUUCGAGAAUGUGUCGCUCGUUGUAUUCCAUUGGUCAGGUUUUUUCAAAUGUCAAGCAAUGAUUAUUAUAUCAAAGUUCGAAAAGUAUUUAAAAAAGUUAUUCCUGAGGAAAUCGAUGAACUAGUUUUACAAUAUCAUCUUAAUCCUGGUACU